CGCCCUUCCUCCUUUUAUUUAUUAUUAGAUUGAAAUUUGAAGUGCCAAUACGAAGCUUACGAAUUUGCAGAUGAUAUUUUGGAAAAGAAUUGGACAGAAAGGCGACAGCUCAAUCUUGGAAUCGGUUUAUGAAGAUGAACAUCAGUUGACCGCCCGCAACAGCUCAAUCUUGGCGGGGGAGGGGAGGCGAUUUCAGGUUUCUGGUUUAUUCUUUACCUGCGGUGAAAGUUUGCUGUUCUUCGCUGCAGUUUUGGAUCUCUUAUCUGGAUUUGCUCUUCUCUAGCUCAAUAUCAUGGCUGUCUGCCUCGUUUGAGUUUGAUUAGAUUCUUCUGCUACUUGAUUGUUUGAUUGGGGAUGAGUAGUUUGCCCACUGUUUCCUAAUAAGGGUAAUUUAUUUUGCACAAAACGUUGUGGUAAGGGCAAUAUGGUGUUAACUGAUAAUGGUGAGAGUGCUUGUGGAGGUGAGGAAACUGCUACAGAUAAUGUUAAAAGCAACACCUCUCUGCACGUUUCAACGUCUCAAAGAGGUCUGAUAACUGAGGAAACUUCACAGAGUGGGUACAACAGUUCCCUCUCUGCUCUUCCAAGAAUGUUAAUGUUCUUGAAGUUUGGUGAUUUGGCAUCACCGACCGCCAAAUUCCACCGAAUUGCUGAGGAGAGGGAUGAGGUUUCGCGCAAUGUGCCUUCCUCCAGCAGUCUUCACAUCCGCGAACGGUUUCAGAGAAUCUUUUCUAGGAGAGUUGAUUGGACUUGUCUUUGGAAGCUUUGCAAGGAAUGGAUAAAGGAUCCCAUGAAUCUGGCUCUUUUUGUCUGGAUUGUUUGUGUUGCUGUGUCGGGUGCGAUCCUGUUUAUGGUCAUGACUGGAAUGCUUAACCAUUCUAUCCCGAAGAAGUCUCAGAGGGACACGUGGUUUGAGGUCAAUAACCAGAUUCUCAACGCGUUGUUCACACUUAUGUGUUUGUAUCAACACCCUAAGCGGAUAUACCACUUAGCGUUGCUAUUGAGAUGGAGGACGGAAGACGUCCUGAAACUAAGAAAAAUUUACUGCAAAAACGGCACUUAUAAACCCCAUGAAUGGGCACACAUGAUGGUGGUGGUGAUUCUACUCCACCUCAACUGUUACGCACAGUAUGCAUUGUGUGGCCUUAACUUGGGAUAUAAGCGUUCAGAGCGACCGGCAAUUGGUGUUGGAAUAUGUAUUUCGGUUGCCAUUGGUGCUCCAGCAUUUGCCGGUGUUUACUCCAUGCUUAGCCCCCUUGGGAGAGAAUACGAGACUCAGACGGAUGAAGAAGCUCAAAUUCAAGUCACUGGCGGAGCGAGUGACCGGCAAAGUCAAUCGAGGCGAAUGUCAUUUGAAAAGAGAUUCUCAUUCGCAUCAAGAGACAUCGAAAGAACUGUUGAGCGACAGCCACAGUGGAGCGGAGGUAUUCUUGAUUUCUGGGACGACAUCUCUUUAGCAUAUCUCUCAUUGUUCUGCAGCUUCUGCGUAUUCGGAUGGAACAUGGAGAGGCUCGGAUUUGGCAAUAUGUACGUCCACAUCGCAACUUUUCUUCUUUUCUGUAUGGCCCCUUUUUGGAUCUUCAACCUGGCAGCCGUCAACAUCAAUAAUGAGACGGUCAGGGAGGUGUUGGGCAUCACCGGAAUCUUCCUUUGUAUUUUUGGCGUCCUUUACGGAGGGUUCUGGAGAAUUCAAAUGAGGCGGAGAUUUAAUCUACCCGCCUAUAAAUCUUGCUGCGGUAAACCUGCUGUCAGCGACUGUGCCCUGUGGCUGUUCUGUUGUUGGUGCUCUCUAGCUCAGGAAGUAAGGACGGGAAAUUUCUACGACAUAAUGGAAAAUGAAUUAUACAGGAAAAAAGAGGGAUCGGUGGCAAUGGCUCCAUUGGGUCGAGAAGAUGGUGAGUUUCAAUUUCGGUCGAGCCCAUCUUCUCCUUUUGGGAACAGUCCUUCGCCCCCACACGUCAAGGGGGGCUCUACCCCUCCCGCUCACUCUCCAAGUCCGAGCCGGUUAAGACAAAUGUCUUUGAUCGAAGAAGAAGAAGAAGAAGGAGGAGAUCGAGAUGGUAUAGUGCAUCACAAAGAUGAAGAAAAGAUGAUCCCGCCAGAUCCCAUGGUAAUAUCUAGAUGAAAAAGACAAUUUUGAAUGCUGCCAUAGUAUGUAUUGUAAAGACUUAUGUAUCUAUCUAUCUAUCUAUCUGUAUUUUCUCUGUUUGUUGUUGUUAUUCUAUGAAAAUAUUAGGUUGAGUUUUUGACUGAUUGUGUCGUGUCGGAUGGUAUAUCCAUUUAUUAUUCUUCAGCUCAUCUGUUUAUGAAGGCAUUCAGUAGGGUGUGUUUGUUUGGAGGAUUGAAUUUUAAACACACUAUUUAUCCCAUUUAAAAUUUUUAUUAUUUGUUU